UGCCGCAUGCCGCGCUCAGUCGCCGCGCGGCUCUCUGCUCACAUCCUCGUGCGCCGCGUCCUCGACUCACCACCCGCUAUAAAGCCGGAGUCCUGCUCCCGACCACUCCAGAGCCAUGCGCCUCCGCGGAACCGACGACGCGCCUCGACACAAGCGCUGCCCAUCGCGCCUCUUCCUAGUGCGAUUCAAAUCACAUGUUUACUUCUUUAAAUGAUUUGUUAAUUGUGGUAGACUAGUGUGCUAGUGAAAGACAGUACGAUGAAGUCGAAGAACGACGAUGAGCCGCAGCCGGAGCUGCAGGAGCUGCUGCACAAGCCCAACAGCCUCCCGCUUAUCGGCGAGCGCAGGAAACACGGAACAAUUAUACCAAGCCAGCCGUCAAGAGAGAAGCCGCGCAGCCCCCCGGUCGAGGAGGAUCCCGACGUGGUCUCGCAGGCCAUCGGCGACUACGGACGCUGGCAGCUGCUUAUUACAUUCCUGCUAUCAAUGUUCUCCUUCCCUUGCACCUUCCAUAUAUAUCUCCCGACGUUUACUGCUAGAGAAACAAAGUUCUGGUGUCAGAGACCGGACAACUUUUCGAGCUUGCCUCUCGAAGACUGGAUCAACUAUAGUCAGCCCAUUGACGCCUGCAACGUCCGGGUCAUUCCUUCUUACGUCACUGUGGAGAGUAUUCUCAACCACACAGCCCCUUUGCUUGACUCGUUUGUCAAAUGUACGGACUGGGACUUCGACAGAUCCGAAGUCGGGAACACGAUAAUAUCAGAAUGGGAUUUGGUAUGUGACAGAGCCAGCUUGACUAACCUUGCCGAAGUUGUGUUCCUAACAGGCGUCGGAAUAGGCGGCGUUGUCGGCGGAUGGAUUUCUGACAAGUUCGGCCGUAAGAGAAUAUUGAUGGGAAUGAUGGUAGCUCAGAGUGCUCUGGCAAUUCUCUCGUUGCUGGUGAGAUCAUACAUUCAGUACGUGAUCGUGAGGUUGAUCAUGGGUUUAGUGUCCGUAUCAGUGGUGUACGCGGCAUUCGUGCUGUCGGUCGAGCUGGUGGGAGGCAAGUGGGUGACCAUCGCAGGGGUGUGCAACUUCUUCCCGUUGCCCGUCGCCUACAUCAUCGUCUCCCUCGUGUCCCUAUAUAUGCCCAACUGGAGGGAGCUACAACUCGCGCUGUCCUUGCCCGGAUGCGUCCUUUUGGUUUUAUGGUUCGUUCUCCCCGAAUCACCCAGAUGGCUAAUAAGCAUGGGUAGGACGCAAGAGGCAAAGGUGAUUCUCCAAAAAGCAGCCAAGUUCAAUAAACGAGAGCUACCGAAUGACUUGGACAAGUUGCUAAUGGUACAUAAGGCAGAGAAACAAGACGAGGAACCGAGCGUUUUCAUGCUAUUCAAGGGAAUCUUACUGAAGAGGACAAUUUGUUUGUUCCUAGUAUGGUUUGCUAUGACGAUCGCGUACUACGGACUGUUAUUAAACAUCGGAAAGUUUAAUCUCGGAAAUCUUCAUGUAGCGUCUAUAAUACUGGCUGUGGUAGAGAUACCAGCAAUAGCUACGAGUAUACCUAUACUACUGAAAGCUGGUAGAAGGAUACCGAUUUUCAUCACUAUGGUGGCGUGUGGACUAGCGUGUGUUGCUAGCGAGAUAUUCUCGAUAUCGUUCGAUGACGAGUGGAUCAUCAUCGUGUGCCUGAUGGUGGGGAAGUUUGCUAUUGGCUCGACGAACAUGAUGCUGCCCAUCUUCACAGCAGAGCUGUACCCCACCGUGAUCAGGAACCUUGGAGUUGGCGCCAGUCAACUAUCCGCUGGGCUCGCGUUAAUUUGCAUACCGUACUUAUGGAAACUGAAAAUCUUGAACGAUCACUUGCCAAUGGUGACGAUAGCCGCUCUCAGUGCUCUGGGCGGUGCGAUCGUCCUCCUCCUGCCAGAAGUAGCUGGAUGUAAGGAACCACAACCUAUCAGCGACACUAAGAAGCCUUCGUUCGACAGCGCUUCACCUUGCAAUGGAACGUUCACGGUCACCGACGAUAGAGGGCAUUAGUGAUAACACAGAGCACUCAUUGAAGAGAUACAACAAUAUUGCUAGAGUAAUGAAAUGAGAAGAAGAAAAGUCAAGCUAGCGUCAUUGUGAAUUUCUAUGGGUUCGUUGGAUGCCCGUGUUGCUCUACGAACGAACGCGUGACUCUCCUCGGUGAAGUUUUCAUAGUCAUAAAAACUAACAAAAAAAAGGAUUGGCAAAGUAUGGUUUUCUCGAUCUGCCACGGUACCCUUUCAUCGUUAUGCUGUCAAUCAAAAGACUACCACACAACUCGUGUAACGCAAGUGAUAAACUUUACUAUAAUUAUUCUGAGUUGAGUGUACUCUGUGACUAUAUUUCUAUGGCGUAUGCAUAUUAUGAUGGACAAUCCUAGUGGAUAGUGCUGGCAUAGUGAGAUUUUCCGAAUUUAAUACUUAGUAUGUGAUAUAUGAACACUAUAAGUGAUAUUAAUCGUGUAAGACUAAACUAAGCUUAUCUAUAAAGUGUUAUUACUGAAACGUAUACCUAAACUAUGAAUAAUUUAUAAUGAAUAGAAGAAAUUGAGAUUGUUAAAAGAUAUUUCUUAGUGGUAUCUAAUAUAGGGUUGGUGCAAUAUGUAUGUUUGAGUAUAAAAUACUAACCAUACAUCAUAGACAUCCCAAGGUUUAAAAAAGUGUUAACCAUAAGGACUAUACCCAAAAUGUAUUGCCAGAUGAUUAUUUAAAAUAAGCUUUAUUAUUUAUCGCCUACACAUAGUAUAUUGUAGGUACGAAACGAAACGACUACUUCAGGCCAUCGAACUCUACAGAUUUUUGAUACCUAUCUUAGGGAUUUGUUUAUAAAUAAUAGGUAAGUACUAAAACUUGUAGCAGGCAGAGACACAGUUUAACGAAAAUUACUAUUGAAGGUUUAGAAAUAUUUAUAGAUUUUUUAUGCAGGUAUUUAAUUAAAAUAAUACCGUAAAGGCAGCAUAUCUUCAUUCCCAUAUAGAGGGAUAUUCCACAGACUAUUUUUCGAUCCCAUGAAAUAAAACCGGGUAAUCAAAAAUCUGUAGUCUGUUUUGGGUCGAUAAGUACUUACAACUUUCACCAAUACCUAUGUGUAAUUUUAGAAUCUCUGUGACGUAGUUUUCAUAAUAUUUGGAAGACUGUUUCUCAGAAACUACGAGUGUUUUAAGUUACAAAUGUAUUAUGUUUACCUGUUUGUUUGGUAAAAUGAUUAAUAAGUCUUUUGAAAAAUAAUAAUAAAUAGGUCUCUAAUUAGAGAAUUAUACUUUUUAAUUAUUUUUAAUAAUUAUUUGAUAUAACGUGGUUUCCAGGAUUUGAGUCCGGUUAAUGGUAUUAGGCUCUUACAUGGAUGGCACUUGACAUAGCUGUCGAGGAGGAGUGUAGUGUAUAUCAUACUAAACAAAUGUGCCUACCCCUUCGGGAACACGGGCUCGACGCUAUGUUAUGUAAAUAAUUUGAUUGUAUUAUUAUGAUAUGAAAUGUUACCUUAGUAGCUCUAUAUGUACCUGCGUUCGUUACCGAAUAGUUCAAUAAAUAAUUUAAUUUAUUUAAGUACAAUAACUAAUUGAAGUAGUACGUAGGAUUAGAUGUAUGAUAAAGUAGCUGAAGUGUAAGAUUUUAAUAAUUAUUGAUAAGUUUAACGAAUGAUGUUACCGUCACAUUAGUAUUUUACUUUUCAAAUCAUUCGAAUGUAAUUGUAUGUACUUAUUACAGAUGUAUUCAUAGGAACCGAGUGAAUCCGCUUGAAACAAUGACGAGAAUCGAACGAAUCUACACACCUAAUUAAAAUGUUUCGUCACGAAAAUCUAAAUUAAAUAUAGGCUUACCUGAAUCUAACUAAAAACACUACUCUUUCAGUGAAGAAUGAACCACCAGCAUAACCAAUAUGUAGGUAUGUAAGUAUAAUUUUUUUUAAUAACUACGUAUAAAACCCGACAGCGGAAAAAUUGCGCCCUAAAAGUAUGGAACAAUGAAGUGGUUUAGGUUUAAAAGUUAGGAGGGAACAGCCGUACAAAUAUACAUAAUAACAUGUAUCGUAGACAAACACCUUCCUUAUUGCGUAAUCGGGUAACACAGAAUUCAAAUGUUUAGAUUAGCAAUUUUCACAUAAGUUACUGUUAUUCCAUUCUGGUUAUUUAUUUAUAUCUACGUCGUAAAUACCAUAUCAUUAUGAAGUAAUUAUAUAGAAGCAUGCUUUUAACAGAUAUUUCAAUUACCAAAACGUUAAAAAAGAGCAAUAACCAUCAGUAAUAUUAUUGAGUUCAAGUUUAAUAUUCAACGGAACAAUUAUAUAUCGAAUGACACGCGAACACGCACGCGUUGAUGUCUUUUGUAUGAAUGAAGUUCUAUUGUAAUGUCAUAGUCAUAAGUUCUACAUUAUUUUUUUCUAUAAUUAAUAUAUCAGGUUGCUUACUAAGUAGUAUUUUCAAUUGUUAAUUCGUGAAAAAAGUAAGAUCUAGAGUAUUAUAAUAGACUAUUAAUCACCUUGCAGUUCUAUUUAUUAUAAUACUGUUCAUUUUACUUUUUUUUAUGAAAUAAGUUUUAACAUUCCAUGGCCUCUGCAAUUGUAUGAUGAAAAAUACAUAUUCAAAUUGAACAAAAACUACAUAUUGGUGCUAAUUCCUGUAAACACCAUCUAAUUUUAUUUUAAGUUAUAUCUGUCAUUUUCUUAUCCGCCGAAAAGGAAAGGGACGGGUAAUCGACAAGCAUAAAAUUUAUGUAACACACGUCAAUUUUAAGCACAAAUCUAAAACAACCGUCUAAAAAUUCGCCCGGUUUAUUCAUUUAUUUACUCAUUCUUCCUAAAAUUAAGAGCUGUCAAUCAUCCGUCCCUUUCCUUUUCGGCGGAUAAGAAAAUGACAGGUAUAACUUAAAGUAAAAUUAAGAGAUGUCUGCAGGAAUAGGGGCCAAUAUAAGUAUUAUAUUAAAUUAAGUUUCUUCUUACAUGUAUAAAAGAGUCGCCUGCUAAGUUUAUAGGAUAUUUUUAUUCAUUUCAAUUUGUUUGCGUUCUCGUCAUGUGUUUGAGAAAAGUGGCGCCGAUGUGGCGUCAUUGUCUUAUCAUAUCACUUAGAUUUAAGUUGUAAAUAAUCAACUUGCAACACUGACACAAACAGUGAUUUCAUAACUGACAAGUUGGAAAUAAACAAUUAAAAUUUAAAUAUUUCAUAAA